CAAUUUUCAACUUCACACAAGCUUCUCUCUCUCUUCGCACAGUACGCCUGGGUCGGGCUUCUCUUCAUCCCCGAGCUCCUCCUCCCUCCCCAACCUCCCCUCUCUUCCAAAAAUCUCAAGUCCCAACCUCCCUCCCUCCGCAGUCCAAGCUCCCUCGUCUGGGACGGCGCGGACGGCCACACUUGGGCGACGCGAACCGAGGAGCCGUGGGCUGCGUGGAGUUGCGGGCCAGCCACGUGGGGGGCGGCGCGGGGUGCCGAGGACCGCGGUCGCGGGUGGGGCGGUGCCGAGCUGCGCUGCCGCCGCGUGGGAAGCAGGCAUACUUUUCUCGGAGAAGUCCGAUGCGGCGCGGGAGAGCUCGGCAGUUGCGGCCGGCGACGUACGAGGACUCCCGCUCGCUUUGAGGAAUGGUGAAAUUUAAGCCUGUUCGGACGGUGGAUGCUGCUGCUGCCCGCUGCCUGCUGCUGCUGCCGCUGCAGCUGCGCCGCUCUCUGCCGAGCAGCAGCAGGCAGCUGCAAAGCAGCGCUCCGAACAGGCUUGAUUUAUCGCACUCGGAGGCAUGCAUUUCCCUUGAAAAUUGGAAAUUUUGGAGAUUUUGAACUGUUGAAUGGAGUAUUCAUCAAGUGAAGAUGAGGAAUUGGUUGAAGAGUUCAUCGAUGUUGAGGAUGAUACGGGUACUGCGAAUAUUGACCAACGAACUGGUGUGAUGGCUUCCCAGAUUCAUGGUAUUGAUCCCUCUGAUGGAUCCAUGGCACCAACCGGAAAUGAGCUGCUGAUGGCAGCUGAUGUGGUGGCAAAAAAUGAUGAACCACGCAUGGGCAUGGAGUUUGAAUCUGAUGCAGCUGCCCGGGCAUUCUACAACGCAUAUGCAUUACGUUUUGGGUUUGGGAUCCGUGUUGCACGAUCCCGUAGUGAGCGGAGAAAGGGUGUUGAAGUGCUCGUUAUGAAGCGUUUUGUGUGCUUGAAAGAGGGACAUCACAAGAAGAAGCCUGUGGACCCUAGCAACAAGAAAAAGAGAAAGCGCCUCUCUAUACGGGAUGGGUGCCCAGCGAUGAUGGAGGUGGUGCGUAGGGGCCCAGAUAAGUGGGUUAUCACGAAGUUGGUGCUGGACCACACCCAUGUUAUCAUUAGUGCAGACCGGGCACGGGAGGUCCAACUCCGCCGCCUCUCUGGGAAGUUUCAGGAGCAUGAGAACCAAUUGCAGGAGUUGCGAAGGAAUGUGUUUGGAGAUACAGAUGCUCAGGGGCUUUUUGAUUACUUCAAGAGAAUGCAGUCAGAGAACUCUGGUUUUUUCUGUUCUAUACAAGUGGACAGUAAGAAUUGUGUAAGCAAUGCAGUUUGGGUUGAUGCAAGAGCUAGAAUGGCCUACACAUACUUUGGGGAUGCUGUUUACUUCGACACUACUUAUAGUCAAAAUGAGAAUAUGCUGCCCUUUGCAGCUUUCACAGGCGUGAAUCACCAUGGUGACACUGUUGUUUUUGGCUGUGCCUUAAUUUUGGACAGGACAGAAUCUUCAUAUGCUUGGAUUUUUGAGACAUGGUUGACAGCGAUGGAUAAACGGUUGCCAUUUUCCUUUACUACCGAUGAAGGAAAGGGAAUGGCAGCUGCAGUUGCGAAAGUAUUUCCUCAAUGUUUUCAUCGUCUUUGCAGAUGGCGAAUCUUGUCUAGAUGCAAGAAGAAAUUGACUGAUGUAUACACAAGAUUUCCUGGGUUCCAUGACGAACUAAAGAGAUGUAUUAAUGAGUGUGAUACUGUGCCUGUUUUUGAUAUGUUCUGGGGCUCCAUUCUUGACAAGUAUGGCCUGAGAGAUGAUACUUGGCUUCAAUCACUGUAUGAGAUAAGGCACAAAUGGGUUCCUGCGUACCUAACCAGCUCCUUCUUCGCUGAGUUGUCAUUAACACAUAGAGUAGAAACAGUCAGCAGGUUUCAUAGGAACAACUUCAGUGCAAGAGUUUCUCUGAGUAAUUUUAUCACUAGAUUUGAUCAGUACAUGGACAGUUUGUAUGUGAGUGAAGCCCGGAAAGACAUCAUUUCACUUCCUCCUGAACAGCUUCUGAAAACUAACACAGUCUUGGAAAAACAAGCGGCAAGCAUCUACACCAGAGCUGCAUUUGAAACAUUCCAGGUGGAAUUGAUUGAAGCAUUGCAGCAUUUUGCUGUCAAAGUUCAGGACGGACCAUACAUGAAGUACUAUGUCGAAAGAGGUGGCAAUCCUCCUACCAGGCAUACUGUUUUCUACAACGUCACUGAGAAGAAGGCCUGGUGUGAUUGCUGCCGGUUUGCCUUCUCAGCAAUACUUUGCAGGCAUGUGCUUGGAGUGUUUGUCAUGGCUGGUGUUAUCAUGCUUCCGGAGCCUUGCAUCACGAAGCGAUGGACAAAGAAAGCCAAGAUGGGGCCAGAACUGAUCGGGCUUAAUGUGGGCAAUGAAAGCGGCAGUGCAGAUUCUGUGGCUUCGAGGUAUAAUGAUCUCGUUCGUGACGCAAUGAAGUGUGCGGAGAAGGGAGCUGUAUCAGCCGGAACCUUCAGAGUUGCGAAGGAAGUGCUGUGCAAAGCGUUCAUGGAGAUCAAGGCUCUCAGGGAGAAACUGAACAAGGAUGCUCUGCACUCUGCAGCGAGUAGAUAGCAGAUAGCAGCGGUUUGAUGUCUUGAGAGGGCAUUUGAGAGAUUGAUUUGGGCAUAUUUUGUGAAGAAUUUGUUGCACCAGAGGAUGAGCUUUCGGUUUGCUUGCAGCAAUGACCUAUCGACAUGUCAGGUGCUGUCAAGAAAAUCCAAUCAUGCUGAUCGAGUUGUAUAUGUCAAUAGCAUAGUGCAUCCUUCCAUCUCUACCUGACUUUUGUGGCAACCAGAUAGUAGGUUCUGGCCUCCUGCCUGAGUGCCUGAAUGCUGGGCUGGUGAUCAUGACGUCACAAAUCACAGCUGCUGAUAUACUUGAAUGGUCGUGUCUGCAGGAUCUUCCCUUGUACUCCCUCUGUUCUAAAUUAUAGGUGGUUUUGCCUUUUUU